UGUUCCCGCCUGCUUCCUCAGCUAGGCUUCCUGGCUGCCAUCUUUGUUCGUAGGACAUACGGUUUCCUUGUGUGUUCUCGGGCGAGGGGGUUUCGCGUAGGAAGUCAUCAUGCCGAUGCAAGUCUUACCGCCGCAGCCGCAGGAUGGAGAGCAGGAAAUGGAAGAGGAAAAGAAAGAAGAGGUGGCUCCAUCAAAGCCUAUGGUGGGAAUUAUUUACCCGCCCCCUGAGGUCCGAAAUAUUGUGGAUAAGACUGCAAGCUUCGUAGCUAGAAAUGGCCCAGAAUUUGAGGCCAGGAUCCGACAGAAUGAAAUAAACAACCCAAAGUUUAACUUUCUGAACCCCAAUGACCCCUACCAUGCCUACUACCGCCACAAAGUCAAUGAGUUCAAGGAGGGCAAAGCCCAGGAGCCGUCGGCUGCCAUCCCCAAAGUCAUGCAGCAGCAGCAGUCUGUGCAGCAGCUGCCUCAGAAGGUCCAGGCCCAGGUGGUUCAGGAGACAAUUAUCCCGAAGGAACCACCUCCGGAGUUUGAGUUUGUGGCUGAUCCGCCAUCGAUCUCUGCCUUUGACCUUGACGUGGUAAAGCUGACUGCUCAGUUUGUGGCCCGGAAUGGCCGCCAGUUUCUGACGCAGCUCAUGCAGAAGGAGCAGAGGAAUUACCAGUUCGACUUCCUGCGUCCGCAGCACAGCCUCUUCAACUACUUCACCAAGCUGGUGGAACAGUACACUAAGAUCCUGAUUCCCCCUAAAGGAUUGCUUCCAAAACUGAAGAAAGAGGCUGAGAACCCCACAGAAGUUUUGGAUCAGGUGCGUUACCGUGUUGAGUGGGCAAAGUUCCAGGAGAGGGAGCGUAAAAAGGAGGAGGAAGAGAAGGAGCGAGAGCGUGUAGCUUAUGCGCAAAUAGAUUGGCAUGAUUUUGUUGUAGUUGAGACUGUAGACUUUCAGCCCAAUGAGCAAGGUAACUUCCCACCUCCCACAACCCCAGAGGAGCUGGGAGCUCGUAUUCUAAUCCAGGAGCGAUACGAGAAGUUUGGAGAGAGUGAGGACGUGGAGAUGGAGGUGGAAUCGGAUGACGACGAUGAAGUGAAAGAUGGCAAGGGAGGGGAUUCUUCUCAUAUGGACCAGGAUACUAGAGUUCAAGACAUGGAUGAGGGCUCAGAUGAUGAAGACUAUGCACAAAAAGCUCCUCUGCCUCCAGAGUCUCCCAUGCCACCACCUCUGCCUCCUACUCCUGACCAAGUGAUUGUUCGUAAAGAUUACGAUCCCAAAGCUUCCAAGCCGCAGCCUCCGGCACCUGCUCUGGAUGAGUAUUUGGUGUCUCCCAUCACUGGUGAGAAGAUUCCUGCCAGCAAGAUGCAAGAGCACAUGCGCAUUGGGUUGCUGGAUCCCCGGUGGCUUGAGCAAAGGGACCGUUCCAUCAGGGAGAAGCAAGGAGAUGAUGAAGUCUAUGCACCAGGCUUGGACAUUGAGAGCAGCUUGAAACAGUUGGCUGAACGCCGUACCGAUAUUUUCGGUGUUGAAGAAACGGCUAUUGGUAAAAAGAUUGGUGAGGAGGAGAUCCAGAAGCCAGAGGAGAAGGUGACAUGGGAUGGUCACUCUGGCAGCAUGGCACGUACCCAGCAGGCUGCACAGGCAAAUAUUACCUUGCAGGAGCAGAUAGAGGCCAUUCAUAAGGCCAAGGGACUUGUGCCAGAGGAAGAUGGCAAGGAUAAGAUUGGACCGAGCAAGCCCAAUGAAAUGCCACAGCCUCCACAGCCAUCCUCUGCUUCUACCUUGACCAGUUCCGCUCCACCCAUGAAUUCUGCUCCAAGACCCCCACCAGUGUCGCACCACCAGCAGAUGAGCACACCUGUGUCAAGACCCCCCUCGAUGCCGCCUCCUAUACGUACCACAAUGGUGUCUGUACCAGUCAUGCAGCGGCCUCCUAUGGCUUCAGUGGUGCGUCUUCCACCAGGUUCUAUGUUGGCUGCCCCUAUGCCACCCAUCCUGCACACUCCAAGAAUCAAUGUGGUUCCCAUGCCACCAAACCCACCUCCUAUGAUGGCGCAGCGUUCGCCACACAUGAUUGUACCUGCGGCAUUUGUUCCCGCACCUCCGGUGGCCCCUGUGCCUGCCCCGGCACCCAUGCCUCCUUCUCAUCCGCCACCCCCGUUGGAUGACGAACCGGCAGCCAAGAAAAUGAAGAAUGAGGAUGCAUUGAUUCCAGAAGAGGAGUUCUUGCGCAGGAACAAGGGACCUGUUACAGUCAAAGUUCAAGUCCCCAAUAUGCAGGAUAAAACGGAAUGGAAGUUGAGUGGCCAGGUGUUGGCAUUCACUCUGCCGCUCUCAGAUCAGGUCUCGGUCAUAAAGGUGAAGAUCCACGAGGCCACAGGCAUGCCAGCCGGGAAGCAGAAGCUUCAGUAUGAUGGAAUCUUUAUUAAGGAUUCCAACUCUGUAGCAUAUUACAAUAUGCAGAAUGGAGCCACCAUUCACCUAGCCCUGAAAGAGAGAGGAGGCAGGAAGAAGUGAGACCACAAAGGGCAGUUGAAAAGGUUGCAAAAAAAGUAACAUUGUUGGGCACAUAUUAAGGAUAUGUUGCAUGAAAAUGUUUUUUCUGUAAAAAUGGUUCAUCAAAUGAAUAACAAGACAGGGACUCUCUUAUAGUUAUGCUUCCUAUAGCCACUAAUUGAUCCAUUUUGUUCACAAAGAGUUAACAUCCCCUGUGUGCGCAGGAGCAGGGUGUCUGUUAUAUCUUAAUAUGGGAGGGUGUGAAUUGUGUAUAAAAAAAAAAGCAAUUGUGCAGUUGCCAUAGCGACUAGUGGAAUAUUUAAGCGGAUAGUCCCAAAAUGAUUUUUAUAUAUAAUUUCCAUGGCUAUUUAAUGUACCUUCUGUUCAUUAUAUUGGGACAUCAAAAUGGAAAGUUUUAGGGCUGGGAAAUUCUUUCUCUGCCAGCAUACUUAUCAUGUCAUGAUACCCGGCUUACAAAUAAAGAACAAUAAAACUA